CAAAUAUUUUUUUACUUAACCCUUCCCCCCUCAACUCAUAUAAGAGAUACAUAAAAUUUCAGAUCCUAAGCUAAAAGCAUAGUUAGUUUAAUUAUCACGUGUAAAAUACGUAUACCCAAUUCUCGUGAUUUAAAAGUUCGGGAUUUAAAUUUUUUUUAUCUACGUGAUUAUUUUGAGAUGAUAGUAUAAAAGUGUCCUAAUAAAAGUUUAUAGCACUGCUACUGUAUUAAAAUUGCAUGAGGUCUUAUCGGUCAUGUAUUAAAGUGACACACCUGACGGUUUCAUACGUCAGGAAUAGUUUUCAAAAUGUUUCGAGAGAAUAAGCAACUACAAACAUAUAUUUUUUAAUCGGUAAAAUGGACAAGUUAACUAUUGUUGAAGAAAAAUCGUUGAUAAGUAGUUCAAAAUGUUUUUAAUAUUUCGACAAAUUUUUUUACGAUAAGUAUUUUAUUAUUUGACACAUAAUACACAUUUUUCAGUAAAACGUUCAUUUUGGUGCACGAAAAAAUGACAAAAAAAGUAAAAAUGUGUAGUGAUCACAAAAGUUUCAUUAAUGUAUGAACCUAGUACCAACAUAAUAUAUUGAUUUUAAACAAUUGCAAGUUAUGGAGCCAUUCUAUUCUGAAACAAAUUUAAAAUUUCCACGAUCCAUUUGGUUUAUAACUGGGACUGAACUAUGCGAACGGUACAACUAUUUUGGACUACGAAAUGACUCACACUUCUAUUUUUUAAAAGCUGUUUUAGUUCUAUACUUGACAACAAUUUUGAACUAUAGUGGCGAUUCCUCGACAGUUAUAUAUCACAGUUUCAUAGUUCUUACAUUUAUAAUGCCGUUUUUUGGUGCCACUUUAUCUGAUUCGUACUGGGGAAAAUUCAAGACAAUUUUAAGAUUUUCAAUAGUUUAUAUCGUAGGAAACACAAUACUUACAGCAGCAUCAUUAGCAUCUAUGUUUAGCCUAGACUUCCAAAGAUGGAUCGCUAUUAUGGGAUUGAUAUUGGUAGCUUCUGGAACAGGUGGCAUAAAACCAUGCAUGUUUACAUUUGGAGGAGAUCAAUUUAUAAUGCCAGAACAACAAAACCAAUUUUUGAUUUAUACUAAAAUGUAUUUAUCUGCAGUUCAAAUCGGCGGAUUGGUCGCAUCAUUUCUAAGCCCCGAGUUUAGGAAAAAUGUACAUUGUUUUGGUAGAAAUUCCUGUUAUCCAUUAGCGUUUGGAGUUCCGUCUGUACUUAUGCUUAUAGCUCUAAUGAUAUUUCUACUCGGAAGUAAUAAGUAUAAAAAAAGGAAGCCAGAUUUCGGAGGUGUACAAAAAACAUUCGCAUGCAUUUUCUAUGCCUUACGUAAAACAAUUACGAAGACUUCUUUAAAAAACACUCAUUGGUUAGAUCACGCGAAGAGCAAAUAUAGCGAAGCUCAAAUAUCAGAUACCAAAAAAGUCACUAAAAUACUCUUGAUAUAUAUAACGUAUCCUAUGUUUUGGGCUCUUUAUGAACUACAAGGAUCUCGUUGGGUUUUGCAAGCAACUCUCAUGGAUGGGCGAAUAAAUGGAAUAAAUAAUUGGGAAAUCAAACCUGAUCAAAUGCAUACUAUUGUUCCGCUCUGCUCCGCUGUACUUUAUCUAACUUAUGACCAUGUCCUUAAUCCAGCAAUGAAAAAAAUCGGUAUCGAACAGCCAUUGUUAAAAAUCGUGAUCAGCUACUUCUCCGCUGCUUUGGCCUUCAUGUUUGCUGCGUACAUUCAGUUUAAAAUAUUUGGUGAAAGCACAGUGAUAUCUGCUGGCGAAGGACGUGUUAUUAUUUAUAACGGAUUCGACUGCAAUGUCCGUAUAAACUCUCCGUCACAACACAAUACUUUAGAACCACUUGAUAUGAUCGAAUUUCAAUAUGAAGGUAUUUCGAAUGAAAUGUAUGAAAACUUCAAGCUGAAUUUAGAUUCCUCGUGCGGGACCCUCGUAGACGAUAUUGAAACUUAUGUAACAAUUAAAGAAGGCAAAUCAAUUUCAUACCACUUUACUCGAUUAGAAAACAAAGCGAUAUUACGCCGAGCUAGCCAACAAGAUAAUUUGUUUAAAUCCAAAAGUGGGAAACCUAGUCUCCGAAUUUUUGUCGAUGGAGACAUGGCCAAAACCGAAUUGUUUGUAUUAACUAACACGAAGGAAUAUAUUUCAUAUAGGUAUAACAUCUCUUCCGCAUCAUUGACAAAUUUUAAGCAAGUACUCCACGGAAAAUAUGAUUUAAUUCAUAACGGAGUAGUCAUACAAGCCGAUUUAAAUUUCAUACCAACGACAUUUUAUACACUUUUAAUUCAUACUAACAACCAACGAAUGGAUUCAAAAUUAUUUGCAACCGACGUGGGAAACUAUAUGCAUAUACUAUGGCAGACUCCUCAAUUCAUAUGUAUUCUUAUUGGCGAAGUGAUAUUUUUAAAGACGAGUGCCGAAUUCUCUUUUCUAGAGGCUCCACCUAAUUUAGUAACAUUUGUAUCUGCGUGUUCUUUGAUAACAAAUUCCGUUGGCAAUCUUUUAAUCGUUUUUAUAUCAACGUUAUCACUGGAAAAUCUAGUACAUGAAUAUAUAUUGUAUUCUUGUAUGAUGAUCGUUAAUAUGGCAGUGUUGAUUUACUUGAGUUCUAAUUACGUGUACAGCACAUAGCCGACAACAUAAUGAAGUAACAAUAAACUC